AUGUACGACCAUUUACCAAGAAUACUAAAAUGGAGUAUAUGUUUGGCUAUCGUUUUUUGGUAUAUUAACCAGAAUAGUAUUCUCUUUGUCCUUUCAAUUAUUUCUGGAAUCAUUUUACUAUGCCUUGUCAUGGUAUACUAUACAACAAAGGUACAAAUAUCGAGAUCUCCUCCCAUUCAAAGAAGACAUAGACGGUUCAACUUCACACUUUCAAAACAUUGGAAACAGGAAAUUACUCAACUACAGAAUGAACAAAUAGAAGUGAAAAGACCAAUUUUUCUGGAGUCAUUUUUAAUUUCUGAAUCUUUACAACGGUUUAUUGAUUUGAUUAUUCAAGAGUUUAUUUCACCCUGGUACACACAAAUAACCCAGUCAGCACAGGUACAAACUGAUAUAUCUUUAGAGUUUAAAGAAGUGAUUCGAAAUUUGCAGAAUAGAGCAAAAAGCAUUGACUUUGCCCAACUCUUAGUAUCCAACAUCCUACCGCUACUACAAGAACACUUUGAAGAUUAUUUGAGAGCAGAAGAUAUAAUCAAAAGCCAAGGGAAAUUUUCAAAGUUUGACUCAAAUGAGUAUCAUAUUGCAGUUGCAUCUCAAUUUAGAAGAGGCAAAUUACAUCCUGCUGUCACAACAUCUUUGAUUGUGAAUGAGGAAACCAAUUUUAAAGAAAAACAAUAUUUGCGAAAGAAAAUGAAGAAUGUGCUAGAGCUUGCAUUGUCAGAAAAUGAAAAAUUCAAUGAUGUUGGCAUAAGCUUAGUGACAGAGAUUCUUGCGUGCACAGUUCUUUGUAAUGUCAUAAACUUACUCACAGAAAGUGAUUUUUACAAUUUAAUCAUUGUGAAGUUAAUUGGAGAUAAUUUAAGACGAAGAGAUCAAGUAAAGCAAUUGAGGGCAGCAUUAGAAGAACAUACACAAAAGUGCUCAAAAGAGAUUGACGACAAUAAAGUACAAGUGCCAGAUAUGGCAUCAGCAUUGUUGACACCUGAUUCAAAUUUACAAAAUCAGCUUAAAUUGAAAAUUAGUGAACGAAAACAACAGAGAGAAAAACAAAAGAGUUUAAAUCUCAAAGAUAUCUUGACAGAUAAAAACAAUUUCCAAGUGUUUAAAGAGUUUAUGGAAAGUGAAGGUCGGUCCAAGUUAGUCGAGUUUUGGAAGGCUGUCGAAAUGAUCAAGGCGCCAUUAGAAGGUGAAGAAAAUGAUGACGAGACGGAUCCUUUGGCAUUAUCAUUGGAAUUUGGUAAUAAUGACGAUGUUUAUAAUAUUUAUACCAAAUUUAUCAAAACCAAUGAAAUACCUCAACCCGAUACUCAUAUUGUGGAAGUUCUAUCCAAUAGUGGAAACAGUGCCAACGUGAGAACGUACCAAGAAGCACGAACAUAUUUAUUCAAAAUGCAACGCGAUUGUUUUGAUCAGAUGCAAUCACACGAUUUGCCAGUGUUUGUUAAUUCUGAAAUGUAUCUAAGACUAGUGAGUCCAAAAGAAUCUUCUGAAGUAAAUCCAGACGUCAUAAAUGCCGUGGAAAAUGCUUUUACAUUGAUUAUGAAUAAACCAGAGAGUUUAGACACGCGAUUUGAUGGGAGUGACGAAUUCAAUUCUGAUCAAUUAUUGACUACAUUGCAACUAAAAAGUGAUUUAUUUGGAGAGUCGUCGACUAAUUUGUCGGAUGGCAAUCACUCUAAUAGAAACUCUAGAUUGUUUGAUGAUUUCUUAUCCGAUGAUGACCAAUCUGAUUCUGACGGAGACUCUUUAUACUCGGAUAAACACUCCCAAUCGAUGAAUAAUAGUAACCUGGAGGUGCAGUUUGCUGCUCCUGGAAAUUUGAAUUUAGCAGAAGAGAUCCCAAAGUUGUCUGAUGAAGUUGAUAAUUUACAGAAACAGAUUACUAUUUUAGAACCAUUAUUGCGGAAAGCUGAGUUAACUAAUAAUUUGUCUGAGUUGAAAGUUUUGCAGAAAUCAAAGAUUGGUUUGAUUAGAGAAAUCAAUAUAAAAGAAUUACAGAAACAACAAUUCAUUGUUCAGGAAAACGAUAACAGUUUGUUUGGGAAAUCUAGAGUAUGCAUCCAAUCUUAUAUCAAUGAUAAUGAAAAAAAUGGUCGAGAAUUUACAUUGUACAUUAUUGAAGUUCAAAAAUUUUCUAAUGAAAAUCCCAACAUCGUUAAAGCCGGUUGGGUUGUUGCUAGAAGAUUUAGUCAAUUUUACGGGCUACACGAAUAUUUAAAACUGAAAUAUCAUAGAGUAAGUUAUCUCAAGUUCCCCAAAAAGUCAAUUCUGGUUUUGAAGUUUCAGCAGAAGCAAGUCGCGGAAAUUAGAAUGAAACAAUUGGAAGACUAUUUACAAGAGUUGAUUAAAAUACAAGAAGUAUGCUCUGAUCGAGCAUUCCGAUCAUUCUUGUCGUCGGAGAAUUUCAACUUGAAAAAGAAUCAACGUUUUGAAGAAACAAGAGCAAAAAAUUACAGUGACACCAAUUUUCAAUCAUUGUUUGGAAGUAAAUGGUAUCGUGGUAUUUCAAAUUUUAUGACGACGACGAAAAAUGAUGAAAACCACAAAGAUCUGACUUAUAUUGACACCCAUAUAAUGGAAAACUUACGAGAUAUGGAAAGUGAAUUGAAACAAUUCGAUGAAGCAGCAUCGGCAAGAACUCCGUUUGUUAAACCGAUAUGUGAUCUAUUGAUAUCGGUUUUCAAACUUCAUAAUUCCAGAAGUUGGUUAAGAGGGAGAGCUUUAGUGGUGAUAUUACAGCAAAUGCUAGGUACUACAGUUGAAAAAAAGGUUUAUGAUGUUGUUGAGGGAAGACUUAAAACAGAGGAAAAUGUGUUGGAUUUAAUCAUGAUGCUUACAAAUAUUUUGUUUCCUAAUGGGAAAUUUAAAGAUCCGCCCGUGAUUAGAUCUUUAUAUCAACAAUCAAAUACAAGACAAGAGGCAAAAGUGUUGUUGGAAAUUUUUAUAUUUGAAACUUGUUCAACGAUAUUUGGACGACAUAAUAGCAUAUUUGCAUCUACUGAAAUCUUUCUGAUGAUUCAAAACGAAUAUUUGAACAGGAACCUAGUGUUUGAGAUAUUUGAUGAGAUUUUAGAGCAUAUGUUUGUAGAAAUGAAAUAG